AUGGCCCAGAGAGAUCCUCGCUUCAACCAGCAUGUCCUGGUGGACACCACGCCCAUGCCCGACCACAUCCCCAAGGUGGAGGAGAUUGGUGCCACAUCUGCGCCCCUCCACAGCGCGGCCUUUUACAUCGGUGACCGGUGCGGGUCCUUCAAUGACGACUACAUGAAGUGCAAGGACGAGGCAAACGGCCGCGGAGAGUUUGACUGCUUGAAGGAGGGUCGCAAGGUUACGCGCUGUGCCGCUAGCGUUCUCAAGGACAUCAACACCCACUGCCUGGAUCAGUUCAAGGCCCACUGGGAGUGUCUCGAGAACAACAACCACCAACUGUGGGAGUGCCGCAAGGCUGAGAUGAGCCUCAGCAAGUGUGUUUUCGACAAAUUGGGAUUGAAGAAGACCCUCCCUGGUGCCCCCGAGGGCCAGGUUCCUGUUCACCUGCGCCCCAAGCAGAAGUACGCUCAGUACACUGGACCUCAGUACUAA